AAUUGUUAUAUACUUUGGUUGCUAAAAUAAUAACAAGGCGUGGCUAAAUUGAAGAAAUAGGUUGAAAGCAUUUAUAGUGUAAAGCUGUUGAUAGAUAUUAAAUGUAUAUAAUACUUUCUUGAUUUUUAUUUUUUUUUAAUUGUGGAUCACUAGAUUGUAUACAACUUUGAAACAAAGUCGAAUGAUUAUGAUUCCUUAUAUAUUGUGAUGCUAGAUUGAUCAUUUGUGUAGAUUUUCUCAUAUUCUAAGACUUAAGGUAAAAGUUAAUCACUAAUUCAAUCACUAAAGAUGAUGGAAGUUAAGAGAGUACAAACCUUGGCUUUUAACCAGCUAAAAGAGCUUCCACCACAAUUCAUUCGUCCAGAUAAUGAAAGACCAGAGAACACCAAGGCAUUGGAGGGUGUUGAUGUGCCUAUCAUUUCAUUGUCUCAACAACUUGACGUUUUAGUGACAAAAAUAACCGAAGCGGCUUCUGAAUGGGGUUUCUUUGUCAUCACCGAUCAUGGUAUAUCGUCAAAACUCAUCGAAAAUUUGCAAGAUGUAGGGCAAGAGUUCUUUUCUCUACCUCAAAAGGAGAAAGAGGUGUAUGCAAAUGAUCCAUCUAGUGGUAAGUUUGAGGGGUAUGGAACUAAGAUGACCAAGAACCUAGAAGAAAAGGUUGAAUGGUUGGAUUAUUAUUUUCACCUCAUGUCCCCUCCUUCUCGGGUCAAUUAUGAAAUGUGGCCCAAAAAUCCUCCUUCCUACAGGGAAGUGACCGAAGAAUACAAUAAAGAGAUUUUAAGGGUGACAAACAAUAUCUUGGAGCUUUUGUCUCAAGGGCUAGCAUUGGAGAGUAAUGUUUUGAAGUCUUGUUUGGGAGGUGAUGAAGUAGAAUUAGAAAUGAAGAUAAAUAUGUAUCCACCUUGUCCACAACCUGAAUUGGCAUUAGGAGUUGAACCUCACACUGAUAUGUCUGCUCUUACUCUACUUGUCUCCAAUGAUGUUCCAGGCCUUCAACUUUGGAAGGACAAUAGUUGGGUGUCAGUAAAUUAUUUGCAAGAUGCAAUCUUUGUGCACAUUGGUGACCAACUUGAGGUGUUGAGCAAUGGAAAGUACAAAAGUGUAUUGCAUAGAAGCUUGGUGAACAAGGAACUCAAGCGCAUGUCCUGGGCCGCAUUUGUUGUUCCUCCACACGAAAUUAUGGUUGGCCCUCUUUCUCAACUUGUCAAUGAUCAAAAUCCGCCCAAAUAUUCAACAAAAACCUAUGGCGAGUACCGCUAUCGCAAAUUCAACAAAAUUCCACAAUAGAGAAAAGAAAAUAAUAGAAU